UGAGCCUGAGCAGUGAAACGAUGCCUCUGGAUGCCCGCCCAGGAUGCUCUACCGUAAAGCACAGAAAAACUUACUGCUUUAUCCACAUGGACAGGUACGUACAGCCCUCCGCUGUCCCUUUUUUUCUUUUCCCUCUUCCCACUGUUGUGCUGUGGAUUACGCUGGAGGUUCUUUUGUAUGAUCUCGUUAGCUUUGUGGCUUAAAACUUCCCCAGUGCAAGUUGAAGCAGCGGAAAAAAGGCAGAUUCUAGUUGAAAAGCUUGUAAGAGCAACAUGAGCUGGAGUUUUCUUACUCGCCUCCUGGAAGAGAUCCACAAUCACUCCACCUUCGUGGGGAAAGUGUGGCUGACGGUGCUCAUCAUCUUUCGCAUCGUGCUCACAGCGGUGGGAGGUGAGUCCAUCUACUCCGACGAGCAGACCAAGUUCACCUGCAACACCAAGCAGCCGGGCUGUGACAACGUGUGCUACGAUGCCUUUGCUCCCCUCUCGCAUGUUCGCUUCUGGGUCUUCCAGAUCAUCAUGAUAUCCACUCCAUCGAUCAUGUACAUGGGUUACGCCAUCCACAAGAUCGCCCGAAGUUCAGAGGAGGAGCGCAGGAAGCACCAAAGACUCCGCAAAAAGCCUCCUCCGCACUCGAGAUGGAGAGAGACCCACCACCUGGAGGACGUCCUGGAGGAGGAGGAAGACGACGACGCCGAGCCCAUGAUCUAUGAGGACACACUGGAGGUGCAGGAGGCCAAGCCUGAACCAGCAAACAGCACGAGCAAAGACCCGCCAAAGCACGACGGCCGCAGAAGAAUCAUGCAAGAAGGCCUGAUGAGAAUCUACGUUCUCCAGCUCAUGUCACGAGCCAUCUUUGAAAUCGCUUUCCUCGCCGGACAGUACCUCCUCUACGGUUUUCGAGUUAGUCCGUCAUAUGUGUGUAACAGGGUUCCCUGUCCACACAGAGUGGACUGUUUCAUCUCCAGGCCCACAGAGAAAACUAUUUUCCUCCUCAUUAUGUAUGUGGUCAGCUGCCUUUGCCUCGUGCUGAACGUGUGCGAGAUGCUUCACUUGGGAAUUGGCACGUUUCGGGAUACUCUUCGCAUGAAAAGGAACCGGGGCCGGCGGACGUCCUACGGCUACCCGUUCUCCCGCAACAUCCCGGCCUCGCCUCCCGGGUACAACCUUGUGAUGAAGACAGACAAACCCAGCAGGAUCCCCAACAGCCUCAUCACCCACGAGCAGAACAUGGCCAACGUGGCCCAGGAGCAGCAGUGCACCAGUCCGGACGAGAACAUCCCCUCGGAUCUCGCAAGUCUGCACCGGCACCUGCGGGUCGCGCAGGAGCAGCUCGACAUGGCCUUUCAAACAUAUCAAACCAAAAACAACCAGCAAACCUCCAGAACCAGCAGUCCUGUGUCUGGGGGCACGAUGGCGGAGCAAAACCGAGUGAAUACAGUCCAGGAGAAACAAGGAGCGAGGCCAAAGUCAGCCACAGAGAAGACUGCAACCAUUGUAAAAAACGGAAAGACCUCUGUCUGGAUCUAGAGAUAAAUCUAAUUUAAUAAAUUAACAGUAAGAAACUUUUGAGUCUCCAGAACUGCACUGUGACCCAGCUGGAGGAUUUGUGUGUGUGUGUGCGUGUGAGAGAUACAACUUUGGACAAUAACAACUGAGAUUUCAAUCACACUAGCUGAAGAAGUACAGCACACAGUAGGACUAGUUUUUGGGAAUAUAAAAGAAAACACAGAUGAAGAAAUGAUCAAAUGUCAUGAAUCUUCCUUGUUACUGUUGUGUGUCAUGUUGUGCUUGCCAUAGCUUCUGGAUAGGGUUAACAUACGCUCACUAAGCUCAGCAUCUUUAAUUCCAACUAAAAUGUCAAGUCACACACACAGACUGCAUCGAGCUAUUUAUCUGAUUUACAACUGAACUGAGAGAUUUAACUUUGAAAGUGUGUGACUGUAUCGUAAUUUGGAAAUGAAAAAAAACGUUAGAAAUACGCAGUGACUCGUUUCUGAAGAACGAUGAUUGUUGUCAGAAAGAUGCAUGUUUAAUAUUUGGGGGAAUAGUUUUGGAUGCAGGAUGGAUGAGUGUCCCUUGAACCAAAUUAAAUGUGAAACGCUUUGAUAAAGGUAAGGAAAGAGGGAUGUGUCAGCGUAAGAAUCUUCAGUCAUUGCGCCUUCAUCUGUUGUCUUGUUUUUAAAGCUUUGCAGUGUCAAACUUAAAGGGAAAGAGAAAAGUGAGUCGCAAAAUCUAAUUAUUUUCUAAACUAAAUACUGACUUUCUGCAACCUGAAGCAGAUGAUGCAUGCUUUACAACUGGGAACAUACACGGUACACGUAGACGACAGUAGAAACCCCAUCCUUAGCUUUUCAGUGAUUCAUUUUAGGCAUGUUAGAUGAGAUACAAAUGAGCAUUUUUCUUUUUCUGUCACCGAAGCUGUAUGUCUCCAAAAUUGGUUUCAGAGUAAUAGUUAAUCCUGCCUUCACUGUUUUCAUACUUCAAAGUGCCUCAAACUCAAGACUGUUCUAGUAUUUUAUUCAUGAACAAAUAAACUUAUUUGAAACCUG